GACCACUAACUUUUUUUUUUUUUACAUGCGUUGUCACAAGACGGACUUCCUCCUAGAAAAAGGGACUAAAAAGUAAACAGAGGUUUAGCUGUUAGUAGUUAAUGUCAUGGCAACAGGGAUGCGGAAGUACUGCCAGCUAACUGACGUCGCCUCAGUCAACGGUCGUCCUGCGGAAAUAAACUAACGGUUGCUCUUUUUUUAGAAACAUAUUCAACAAAAGCUCAGACAAGAUGGAGUUGCUGUGUUUCCGCUUACCAAGCCACGGGGACACGACCCUGAAGCACAUGAAUUCACUGAGGUCCCGUCAGCAAUUCUGUGAUGUCACCAUAGUGACCGGCAACAACCAGACGUUCAGGGGUCAUAAGGUGGUGCUUGCUGCCUGCUCGCCUUUCUUGAGGGACCAGUUUCUCCUCAACCCUUCAUCCAAGCUUCAGGUUUCGAUGCUGUACAGCUCCACAGUGGUGUGUGAUCUACUUCAGUCGUGUUACACUGGCAUCCUGCAGUUUAACCCUGAGGAGAUUGUCAACUACCUGACCGCUGCCAGCUACCUACAGAUGGAGCACAUUGUGGAGCGCUGCCGUGGAGCACUGAAGAAGUAUGUGCAGCUGAAAAACCCCAACCCACCAAAGAUGACCUCGGAGGAAAGCCUGUCUCAACCAAUGAUUGUCAGUGGGAGCGUUCAUUCUUUCCCACCUGCGUCUCCUCCCACGAGCCGACCCUCCCCCGUGGAGCCGCACAGUCCUGUACUGCGCUCAGGGGAAGAGAAAAAUGUGUCGGCUCAGGGUGGCAGUCAGAGCCACAAUAACAGCCCCAUGCUGGAUGAGCCUUGUAUUAAGGUUAAUGGAUCAGACGAGGAGGAAGAGGCGAGACAGGAGGACUACGAUGUGUUCAGAGUGUACAUCUCUGAAGAGGAGCAGCUGAACAGAGACAGAGAAGAGGAGAGAGGAGCUCCCUCUGAUGGAGCUCAGGAUGUGUGUUACCCGGAGACGGACGGCGUCUUGAUCGGAGGGGAGGGGGGAGAAUUUGACUCGACUCCAACAGAAGAUGAUGUCGGUAUCGGGGGGCUUUCAGUCGAGGGGCUGCGUGCUUUUAAGCGCAGGCUGCCAGACCCUACUAUCGGCCGGGGAAGAGGGAAAAGCAGGGGGCGGGGUUUUAAGAGGAGGAGGUGGAUGUCAACACUGGAGAAAAGGGCUCCUGGUCUGGAUCAGCACCAGGAGUUGUGGUAUCUGGCAGCUGCAGGGAUGGGGGGUAGUUUAGGCCUGGACUACAGCCUAGACGGGCUUAAAAAAGAAGGUUAUGUAUCAGUUGAACUCCCACAGUUAGACUUCGGAAUAGGUGAUAAUCAAGGAGAGAAGCUGUCAGCAACGUAUGCCAACAGUUUGAGCCAGUAUGCCCUGGAAGAGUCUAACUGUGGUGCCGGGGAGGGGGGUUCAGGUUUGACGACUGUAGGCACAAACGAGGGAGGGGACGAGUCUGUGGCGGUGGUGGGAUCCACUUCAAGUGUGUCCGGGCCUGUGAUCUGCGAGCACUGCGGCAUGACGUUCCCCUCCCCUCACUCCCUGGCUCUCCACUCGCGCUCCACCCACCUGCUGUACGCCUGCCCCUGCUGCGGCAAACACUUCCACCACGCCGCCAACCUCACCCGACACAUGGCCGUGCACAGGGGCGGCGGCAAAACCCACCAGUGCCCCCUGUGCUACAAGACGUUCACCCAGAAAUCCACACUGAUCGACCACAUGAAUCUCCACAGCGGCGAGCGGCCGCACCGCUGUGCGUACUGCCACGCCCGCUUCGCCCACAAGCCGGCUCUACGGCGCCACCUGAAGGAGCAGCACGGGAAGAACACGGGGCAGAACUCGCUACACGAGCAGGAGGAGAGGGAGAGAGCGAGGGGAGUCUCUGGAGCAGUACGAGAGGAAGAGCAGGAAUGUUUGGUUACUCGACAAGUGCCUUAGAGGAAAGUAUGAUCAUCCCAAACUCCACCCUGAAACUCUGAACCCUCAGACUGUGACAGUGUCUGAGUCCAUGAGGGCUCAAGAUGCUAUAAAAAAUGUUAAUGACAAACUGUGGUGACUAUAUGUCGCCUGGAAACAAGAUGCACCAUUAUUAUAUAACAAGGAUAAAACCCACCUCCAGUUUGUAUUUCUUUCAUUAAAGUGUAUCCUGUCUCUAAAAGUCAGAAACACCAUAAAUAUUAAACUAAAAACAUAAACAUGGACUAAUCAAUCAAUCAAUAUUUGUUUAGCGCUAAUUGAUAACAAGUGUCAUCUCGAGACGCUUUACAAAAGAGCAUCUGUGAGAAUAUGCAGGAAGGAUUUCUCCUCGCUAUCCUGUUCUCCACACUUCAUUACCGCUGAGGUGGAGGUCGGAGCAGGACGUGAACGAGGACGGCGAUGGUUGUGGGGACGACACAGUCCGAUGGCGGUGGCUGAGUGUCGGGCCUUUUGAAAUCUGACUAAGAAUAAAAGCCUUUUUACACAACUUGUGAUGGAUUUGGGUAAAAAUUACUUACGGUGGUACAAUCCUGAACUUGUUCUGACUCAGCAGAAUCUCACAGGUGUUACUUGUGACAUAGUUGAUGGCUCUGUUGUAUUCAGCACAACACAAGGAGACCGAAGCAGCUAAAUGGAAUUCAGCCCUCAUCGUCUUGAUUCUUCAUCCCUGUGCUUCUCACACUGACGACGUCUUCAUUGAGACCUGUUGGUUUCUGUUGUGUCCUUAAUUAUUUUGAUUUUGAGUUUUGACUGACAACUGUAAUCUUACACUUGAAUAUAUAUUUAACAUUUUGAGUAAGAUAACUGAAGAAAAAUCAUGCAAAUAAAAAAAUCGUUGGAAGUC